AUGGAUUGGGAGAUGGUUGAUGAAUCUUCAGUGGUACCUGUGGAGUUGGGAAGUUCAGAAAAUAAGAGUGACAAAGUGGAACAACCACCUAAGCCGAAAUAUGUUAGUGAUGUGAAGCAAGGCAUAAGAAAGGAGCUAAAAAAUUAUAUUGUUAAUGUAAAAGAAAUAACAAGUGUAUACAUAAAAGAUUUUUUUGGUGCUUGCUGCAACUACGAUUAUGAUCCUUUUAGUCUCAACAAGAAGCCAAAAGACUUCGCCAAAUAUCAGACAUAUGAGUUGAUCCACGCUAGAUGGGCUAUGCUUGGUGCUGCUGGAUUUAUUAUCCCUGAAGCCUUCAAUAAAUUUGGUGCCAACUGUGGUCCUGAGGCUAUUUGA